UUGAUUAUCUACACAAGCGAUUUGGGAGCUCGAGAGCUGUUCUUCUAGGGCAAAUUGACCGAGGAACGGAAGACGUCUGAGGAGCCUCAACCCCAAGUGAGGGCAGCAACUUUGGCUCUGUUCCUCGUGCGUUCACCUUCCGCAGCCUUCUUCUCAGCUGUUGGGGAAUUGUGGAAACUCCCUCACCUGUGGGAACCCGGAUUUGCUGAGGAAGGGAGCGCGGGCACUCAGGGCUUGCUGCCACUCCCCUGACGCUCCUGCAACAGUGAACAGCCAGCAGCAGCGCAGGUGCUGAAGGUUUAGACCCAGGCGUUAGCUCGCCCCCACCCCUGUCAGCCCCAGUGGGACCCACUCCAUUGCUAACAGACGCCAUUUAUCGGGGGUGCCCAGCUCGAGGACACAAGCUGCAGCUGAGUGUUCCUGGACUCUCCGCCUUCUUCUCCUAAGCCGGGAACAGCAGGAACCAGAAACCUUUCCCUAGGACCUUUCCUGCGGCCCCUUCUGCUUUUGGGGCUUGAAUCUCCUGGGCCUCCUGCAGCGGCUGCCUCCUCCUCCACCGCCGCCUCUGGCCAGUGCUGUCGGGGCCCCUGGGCAGCUCCACCCCAACUUUGCGCGUGAGUCGCACCCUAUCCUCCCAAACGCAGCCCCCUCUCUAGGUCCACCUACUCCGGCGCCAACAAGAAGCUGCACUCGAAUUUGGAGGAAGCCAACUCAAACCUUCUCUGAUCCCCUCGGAAAAAAAAAAACAAAAAACGAAAACGAAAAACCCGAAUAAGGUUAUCCGAACCCGGGAGGUAAGAAGAUAACGCGCUCUGCAUACACUGGCACCCUUAAGUUCAAGGAACCCUGCAACUGCCUUGGCUUGUGCUGCUGAGGAACUAUCCUUCUCGCCUCCCCCCUCCCCCGGGAAGCAUUGUCAACCAGAAAGAAACCCCUUCAAGCGAGUUAGCUCUUGGGACGCGUUUUAGAGGAAAAAGAGACCUCCCUUCUCCUCCAACUAAACCCAUCCUUGUCUAUUAAUCCCUCGAUCAGACUGGGAUUGGAAAAGCUGAGGAGGAGAAACCACUUUCAGGGAGAGCAUCAGUAGUGGGUCCUAAGCCUGGUUCCGACGCCCCGGGUGACCCAUACUGAGGGGGCUGUGCGAAACCAUGGCCGGCUGCUGCUGCUUGUCCGCGGAGGAGAAGGAGUCGCAGCGCAUCAGUGCCGAAAUUGAGCGGCAGCUGCGCAGGGACAAGAAGGAUGCGCGCAGGGAGCUCAAGCUGCUGCUUCUGGGUACUGGUGAGAGUGGGAAAAGCACCUUUAUCAAACAAAUGAGGAUUAUUCAUGGGUCUGGUUACUCAGAUGAAGACAGAAAAGGCUUCACAAAACUGGUUUAUCAAAAUAUAUUUACUGCUAUGCAAGCAAUGAUCAGAGCCAUGGACACUUUACAUAUACAAUAUGUGUCUGAGCAGAACAAGGAAAAUGCUCAGAUGAUUAGAGAAGUGGAAGUAGACAAAGUGUCCAUGUUGCCCAGGAAACAAGUGGAAGCAAUCAAAAAACUAUGGGAGGACCCUGGAAUCCAGGAAUGUUAUGAUCGAAGAAGAGAAUACCAACUCUCGGACUCAGCAAAAUAUUACUUGAGUGAUAUCGAUCGAAUUGCUAUGCCAUCAUUUGUGCCAACACAACAAGAUGUUCUCCGUGUCCGAGUGCCUACAACUGGAAUUAUUGAAUAUCCCUUUGAUUUAGAAAAUAUCGUCUUUCGGAUGGUGGAUGUUGGAGGCCAAAGGUCUGAGAGACGGAAAUGGAUCCACUGUUUUGAAAGUGUCACCUCCAUCAUUUUCUUAGUUGCUCUGAGUGAAUAUGAUCAAGUGUUGGCUGAGUGUGACAAUGAGAAUCGCAUGGAAGAGAGCAAAGCCUUAUUUAAAACCAUCAUCACUUACCCCUGGUUUCUGAACUCAUCAGUGAUUUUGUUCUUAAACAAAAAAGAUCUUUUAGAGGAGAAAAUCAUGUACUCCCAUCUUAUCAGCUAUUUCCCAGAAUACACAGGACCUAAACAGGAUGUCAAAGCUGCCAGAGACUUCAUCUUGAAGCUUUAUCAAGACCAGAAUCCAGACAAAGAGAAAGUUAUCUAUUCCCACUUCACAUGUGCUACAGACACAGAAAACAUCCGCUUUGUGUUUGCAGCAGUCAAAGACACUAUUCUACAGUUAAAUCUGAGGGAAUUCAACCUUGUUUAAAGGCUGCACUCUCCUUUCUCUCUGCAAUGAGAAAAGAAAGGGCUUUUGGUAUCUUCUUGGUUUCUUCUGCAAAUGCUUCUCAGAUUCUCCUGUUACUGCCUUACCCAUUACACUGUGACUCACAGGUAUCCAACCUCCUCCGAAACACAAGCCUGAGCACCAAAUCCACCAUGUUUGCUUAAUAACUGCGACAGGCUCAGAGGAAUAAAGAAAUGGGUGAUGGAGCUUAGAGGAAAGUAUACAAAAGUUUACUGAAGCCUUUAAAAUACUUUUAAAUUUGACUCAUUUUAUGGUUCUUUUUAAAAUUUUGGCUGAGAUUCUUUUUGUGCAUGAAUUUUGAUAUUAAAGAUAUUUAAGACAUUUUAUAGAUAUCUAUAAAAAAAAACCCACUCCAAUUCAUAUUGUGUUCUCAAUUGUUCCUUUUUCAGUGUGUUUAAAGAAAAACCUUUAAAAUCACAUAACACCAAACUUUUAAUCAUUGCCUUAUACCAUAUAACCAAUGCUAUUAGGAUUGUAGGGGAAUGACUGGAGGCAUGAAUAGAUUUGAAGCUUCAUAUUAAAAUUUAUAAUUUUUCUUCUUUACAUGCUGAAGCAUUUCUUCUUUUGUAAUAUUUAAAGAAAUUGUUUUAAAGCAGUUGAAUAUAAAGUUUGGGAGCAAACCCAAAAGACUACUAUGUGCUUUAAUAAAUUGGUUUCGUUAUAAAUGUAAACUAAUAUCAAAAUAUAGUGUUACCAAAGCCGAUAUCUGUUAAAGGGAUUUUGAAAAACCACAUUUAAAAAAAAAUCAUAUGUGUGUGUGUGCUAGGAACAAAUGAUAUACCUAUAGGUAGGUGUACGUAGCAUUGACUUGUGAAAUUAAGAACUGGUCAAAUAAAUCAUGUGAAUGAUAAUAUAUAGUAUCUGCCAGGCUUAUGUGGAGCCUCGAGAUUUGCUGCCAGACUGUCAACUCUACAUGGUUUUUGCCUUCUUAAGAAUAUAACAUCCCAUAUUCUUAUACUGAUUGUUUUGUGAGUUUUUAUUAAGCUUUAUUUUUCUCGAUACUCAUAUCUAAUUUGGUGAUUCUCAUCUUCCAAAGAAAAAAAGGAAUUGCCUCUAGCAUACCUUUACCAUUUUCCAAGUCAAGUUUAUGGUAUGUUAGAGAUGUGGCAAAAGGGAGUGCUUAUUCUCAAAUCUCAGUAAUAACCUAUAUACAUGGUUUAGGGCUAAAAUUCUCUGAGUGUGGCAAAGGCAAAGAUCAAAAAAAGGUCUCAGAAGGCCAGAAUGAUGGACAGAAUCUAAAAAGAUAAAAUUUUAUAUUGAAAUAAUACAAAAUUCUACAAUUGGGUUCAAGAAAUCUCUACAGGUUUAUAACGGGAGGGGCAUGUCUAGUAACAGUUUGCAUGAGGGGGAAAAAAUUUAGGGUUUUGUUUUUUUUUUUUUUUAAAUGUAACCUUAACAUGAGUGUGGAAACACAGAUGGGCCACGGUGGCCAAAAGGCUAAGGCAGUCUUAAACUGUUCUUCUAAUAGAAACAAAGUGUGUGGAACAAGGGAGGGUACGGUCCUGUAGUCUGGUGGACUGACAUUCAGUUUGAAGUGUCACAUGUUAAUAAAGAGACUACCAAAGUGUAAUAUAUCCAAAGAAAAGUGCCCAGGAUGGGCCUCAAAACUAUGCCAUGAGGAUCAUUUGAAGGAAUGUGAAAUGUUUAACUUUGAGAAGUUGUAGGAGCAUACAAGUUAUCACAUAUUUGAAGAGCUAGGUCAUGGAAGAAGAAUCAGACUUACCUGCAGAACUAGGAGCCAUGGGUAGAAAUUUCAAAGAGGUAGAUUUGGGUUUGCUGUGAGGGAAAAAUAACAGUAACUUCUUAAUUCUCCAGCUCCUGCAGUACAGAAUAGGCUUCUUUGAGGGAGAUAGCAGGUUCCCUUUCCUUGAGAUGUUCCAGUCAAGAUUGGAUGACUUCUUGUGUCAGUGAUUAUAUAAAGGGCAUUUCUGUCCAGGUAUUAGACUAAAGGAUCUGGUUUCCUCCUCAGUUUUAAAGUAUUUGAAACAGAGGCUCACAACAGACUUGAGUGGUUUCUAUUUUAUUUAGCAGUAACAGCCAGCUAUGCAUUUCAUACUCUUGAAGUCAGCCUAUACUACUAGGGUUGUCCAGAUAUUUAAUUAAUUAAUCUGGUUGACUGUGGCCCUGGCCACUUUGAAAUAUACAUAUCCCUUAUUGUGAAAUAUAUUCACAUGUAUAAAAGAAUCUGUGUGCAAGUCUACAGGAAAAAAAAAAGGUUAUUUAGGCAGGUACUUCCUUCCCAAAUGAGGUCAUGAAGGGUCAGACAACUAAAAAACGAUUGAACAACUACCUAAUGAAUCUCUAUCCAAAUUUAAUUGUUAAUUUUCCUAAAGCAAAAAGAAUAUUUGAGAUCUGCCAACUUCAAGGCCUAACACCCAGAAAGGGCUUUGAUUUCUAUUGGGGCUGGGGAGAACCAAGUUGGGCAAGAGCAACCAGUUUCUUCUACUUUUCAGGGUUGGUCAACUGGACGCUAUUUUUGUUAAAAUAAUCAAUUCAGGUAUUUUGUCUGCUGAACUUAAGAUUUUGGACUAGCUCUGUGCAUAUGUUUAAACAUAUAGGUAUACAUACAGAAACUGUUAAAAAUGAACUAGUAGGAUUGAGAAAAGCAUGAUGCCAUUAACUAGCUAGUUGGUUAAUAGCUGGUGGACAUGCCAUCUCCAGCAUGUGUAUUUCUGUUGAGAUGUGAGCUAAACCACACACACAAACACCAGCUUCAUUAAAGCUAUUCUGGACAUUGAACAUAUUAUACAUAUUCAUGUCUGUACUUUGUGCAUACAUAUGUUCAAACUAUUUUGUUGAUCAGUCAUGUACAACUCUCUUACAAUUAUUUCUUUUUUGUAAUCACAGCUAUUUGUAUACAGUUCAUUUCUCUUUUUUAGACCAUAAACUUAAGGAAAAUGUUGCAUGUAUUUUUUUCUAUUAACUUAAUGCUUGCAAAUGGACUAGAUGCAUGUUGACUCAAAAGACAGAAACUAAUUGUUUAUUCUCUUUCUUCCCAAGAUUUAGGAGUUACCAUAUUUGUCAGUAUAUUAAAAGAGACUAUUCAAUUAAACAAGCAUUGAUUGAGUGCCUACCACAUGCCAAGCAUUAAUAACAUUAUUGUUUUUCCCCAUAUUUUUCAAAAUAAUUUGCCAACUUUUAUCUAUCUUCUUGGAAGAGAAUGCUGAGUUCUAAAGAGUGUGGAGCUUUGACUGUAGUGAAUCUUAACAGUAACUCUUAUUAAAUUGACUGUAACGCUGGACCUUAUUCUGGAAUUGUGGAACUUAUCCUUUCCUUCCAGCUC